AACAUUCUUCCUUUCUUCACAUACCAUUAUAUACCCACUUAUUUCUUUCUUAACAUACUAUCCCCACAUACCAUAUUUACUCUAACACUUUAAUAUAUUCAUUACCUUUUUUGUUUACCACUUUCCUCUCAUAUUAUAUUUAUAAUAUAUAUCAUAUAUAAAAAUGUCUAGUGAGGGUAAUAUUAUUCUUAUGGUGCAUUGGAAUGGUUCUACAUCUCAAAGAGAUGAUGAAAUAGAGUACUCCAUACCUCCUAGAGCUGUACUAUUCAUUAGUGAAGGAGAUGAUUAUACUACUAUACAUGAAAAUGUUCUCAAUCAUGUUAUCCGUGAUGGAUUUUCCGAAAUUAAAUUAAUUUACGGAAAAUUGCCGAAAUAUAAGAAUUCGGUAUAUGUUGCUUCUAGAUUAUGGCCCAUUCAUGAUGAGCGAACAUGGCGUCAUUUUUUCCGGAUCGCCACAAAUGAGUAUGAGGAGUUGCACAUUUACCUGGAAGUUUCAGCGACCCCGCCACAAAAUUUGACGUUCCACGAAACUGAUGGAGUGGAAGGCCCAUCAUCAAGUCGGAGGAACAACCGCCAAUCGUUUCAGAACCACGAAACUCCUGAUUCGGGUGAAGAGUCUGACGACCCAGACUAUGAAGGCGGUUUGCAUUUGCCCGACUGUUUGCACUUGGCAUAUCCAAGCAGCAGAAGGUAUGCAUUCCACAAAAUGGAAAGUUAAAAAAUAUCAACCCCAUCACAGUUGCAGGGAGGAUCCUGUCACAUCUCGGGAUGAUAAGAUCCUAACGGCCAAACUCAUAGCGAGUGAAAUCGCUCCGAAAGUUAAAGUUGACCCGGACUACAGCAUUAAACUCAUAAUGUCAGACAUAUAUGAAAAAUUUGAUAUCCGUGUUUCAUAUAAAAAAGCUUGGAAUGGACGGUUGAUCGCUCUAGAGCGUAAAUUCGGCAAUUGGGAGGCCUCGUAUAAUGAACUUCCUAUGUUGUUGGAAGCUAUACAGUUUUCAAAUCCGGGGACGGUUGUUCAUUUGCAAUCACAACUACAGGUCGGCGUUCCUGAUACGUCUGAAUUCCGUCGAGUGUUCUGGUCAUUCAAAGCUUCUAUUGACGGAUUCAGAUUUUGCUUACCUGUAGUCUCGGUUGAUGGGACUCACUUGUAUGGCAAAUACAAGGGGGUUCUUCUAGUAGCGGUAGCCAUGAACGCUAACCGUGAGAUAUUUCCUCUUGCAUAUGCUGUUGUUGAGAGUGAGAAUGCUGACAGUUGGUCGUGGUUCUUUAGCUGGAUUAUGCGUGAAUUUGUGAAUUUUUAACUUUGAGGUGGAGCGAUUGUUUUAUCUCAUUAACUGACAAUAGAAGUAUAGAACCAUUUUUACUAAGUCUUCAUUAUGAUUUUUCAAAAAAAAAAUAUUCAUUUUGAAAGAAAGAAAAAACUACGUCUUCUUUAUUAGUUAUCAUGAAUAUUUUAUUAAAAAUAAAAUUGACCAAAUUGUUGUUAUUAUGAUUACAAUAAAAAUAUAAUAGUCAUACUUCAAACAUAGUUACUGCGUAGUGCAUUUUAGUAACGUUAAACACAACAAUUUGGCUUAAAUUUCGGAAUUAUUAUUGUAUUUUAAUUUAGAGUUAAAUUAUAAUAGGAAAUAAUAGAGUUGACAUGAUUGACAAAAUUAGAUGGUGAAAUUGUAUAAUUGGAAUUUAAAGUGGGCUAAUGCAUCUUAGAAAGUGUGUUACAUUUAGGAUUUGGCUUAAAUUUCGGAAUUAUUAUUGUAUUUUAAUUUAGAGUUAAAUUUGGGUUUUUGGGGGGUAGAAGUAGUUAAUUUUUGUAUGUGUAAAUUUUUUAUUUAUAUUGUCAAAUUGGACUAUUAGUGUAAAAUUUAAGUAAAAAUAAUAGUACAAACUUAGAGAUGGUGUUACAUUUAUGAGGUUAGUUAAAUUUGGGUUUUAGUAGUGUAGAAGUAGUUAAUUUUUUUAUGCGUACAUUUUUUAUUUAUAUUGUCAAAUUGGCCUAUUAGUGUAAAAUUUAAGAAAAACUAUUGGGUACAAACUUAAAAAUACUUAUUUCAGGAAUUUCAAAUGGACCAAAACAUUCCGUGCCCACCGCCUGUUAACCGUUCACUACUCACGUUGCCACUCCGUGCCCAUCGUGCUGACCGUGUAUGGUAUGAACCCGAUUACAUAGACUCGUGUUUAAAAUGCGUGAAUUGCCCUUCAGCUGCAUUCCAAGACGAGGAGCGAGAUGAAAGGGUAGUAAACACGUUAGCUUAUGCUGGGUUCUUGGGGGUAGAGCACAUUGCCCGCAUGAAGUUAGAUCAUAGUUUAAUAAGUGCUUUGGUGGAGAGAUGGAGGCCGGAGACACAUACUUUCCAUCUUCCAUUCGGUGAGGUUGGCAUUAGUCUUCAAGACGUGGCGAUGAUUCUUGGUUUACCCAUUCGAGGUAUGCCCCUUAGUGGUCCUACCAUUAGGGAUAAGGCCGAGUGGAUGAACCUGUGCACGCAGUCAUGUGGUUUCACUCCUAUAGCUUCUGAUAUCCGCACGAGUGAUAUCAUGAUGAGUGCUAUUACUCGUCUCCCGAUUGUGCCCUAUAGUACAGACGAAGAGGUUGAGCAGCACACCAGGAGCCUAAUAUGGCAAUUGCUUGGAGGGUUCUUGUUCCCUGACACGAGUGCGACAAGAAUACGAUUGUAUUUUUUGGAAGUCUUACAGGGUGACUUGGCUUUAACCCGUCGAUGGAGUUGGGGAUCGGCAGUUCUCGGGCACCUAUAUCAUAACUUGUGUAACGGCGCCAAGUGGGGAACCAAACAAGUUGGCGGCUGUAUGCACUUGUUACAGAUUUGGGCUUGGUCGAGGAUUUCGAUGCUUCGUCCCUCGGUACUUCAGGUCAUUCAACAUGAUCAUCUUCCAUAUGGGUGCAGGUGGAUCGUCCCUAAAUCUUAUAAGGGAUCUCCUAGACAUUGCAUACGCUUGUACCGGGACUCACUAGACCGCAUGAGUGAGAGUCAGUUUGAUUUCGUUCCCUACGCGUCCGAGACACUCUCACCUAUCAUUCUUCAUGAAGCUCCGAUAUGGUCGGCUAGGGUCAUGCUCAUAUUUUGCAAUAUGGCCGAAAUGCAUUACCCCGAUCGAUUUCUUCGGCAGUUCCAUAUAAGGCAAGACAUUCCGGAUGCUCCUUUGGCAGGUAGUGAUCAUCACGGGAAUCGCUCCAACAUAGCAACCGGUGCCUUGGCGAUGUGGGCGAACAUACAAGAUCACAUAUAUUUUCUCGAUUAUGAUCAACAGAUGUUCGUCGAAGCCACUAAUAGGUACAAAAAAUGGUACAAGAAGUAUGGUAUGACACGUGUGCAGAACCCUUCUCACAUUGUGCCCACGACAGGCUACACCCCGACAGCACACCAGUGGGGUAUUGUGCAACAAGGCAUUUACGAGUUGUAUCAGCUCAGCAUCAACGACGCCAGUAAUGACGACAUUCAAAAACGAAUACGGAAACUGGCCGUGGACGCAGGUGAUGAAGACAUGAUCCACCGGGGCAUGUUCCAUUAUGAAGAUGAAGGUGGAAGUCACGAAGAGGAUGAUGCACAUGAACAUGAAGGUGGUCGUGAGGAGUCAUCAUCGCAUGGUGUGUCAUUUGAUCAACCACCACCUCAAUUCUCAACGCAUCAAUCCCUCACAUUCAAUCAACCACCGCCGUAUUAUGAAUCUUAUCAGUUCACUAGGCAACCCGAUGAUUUUGUUGACUCAUUUCUGAGUUCGUCAUAUUUGUAUGGAGACCCAACGGUGCCUUGGAACAGUGGCGGUGGAGACGGAGCAGGGCCGAGCACACAACAUUAGCUGUAGUAUUAUAUUUAAUGUUAUAUGUACUCUCUAUUCAUUAAUGAAUUACAUUGAAAAGUA